AUAGUCGGCGCGUAGACGUUGCACUAACACACGACUUCACUCUUUCCGUGGCAGUGGCACUCAUUUUAACACUCAUUUGAUACCAAGAUGGCGCCAACCGAAACAAAGUUGGUUCUCUCAAGGAUUGUCGUGAGUGCGGCGGUUUUCUUCUCGCUAUGUGUGGAGCUACCAUCAGUGAGGGCAGCGGAGGUCCGUCGCUGCUACUGGUGCGGGCCGCUAGCGGAGCAGGUGCACCGCAGCACGCGCGCGCUACCGUGUAGCGGGCCCCACACGCAGGUCACUGUGUGCGACCCUGGCUUCCCGUAUUGUGCGGUUGUGGCUACGUCCCCGCCUUACAUAGAAUCGAGAUACUGCGUAAAAUUAUACCAAGAUGAAUGUUAUUCCCUGUACUGCAACUCGACUAGAACCUGGCGUAUGACCUGCCCCUGCCGAGGAGACCUCUGCAAUGGACCCAACACCGACCGCGAAGAAGAUGCCUUUGCAGGACUCGCCAAGCUAGUCGCUAGGACUCAUAACACAAGAGUCAGAAGGGCACUCAUUACCACAGCUGGCUUCAUCAACAUGAACACUAAGACCAAUCGAAUAGACAACACUACUGUUGAAGAUAAUAAAAUUAUACCAUCUAAUACGUCAGACAAUGUUGUUGAUGCUGAUUUAAACAAUGAGAAUCAAAUUAAUGAGACUAAUACUGAUGUAGAAGGUGGAAAUAAAGAAGAAGAAUCUCCCGCUGAUGAUACUGCUACUGUAGUGCCAGAUGUCAAAAAUGAUGAAAAUGAAAUGCCGGAAACUGCAACCAUUGCAACUGCUGAACUUAACAAUGAAGCUCCCACAAGCAGUCCCAAUAACAAUGCAGAUGAAGUAAUAAAAACCACUGACCCUCAAAUGAAUGAAACCAGCAUACAAAUUGACAUUCCAACAGUUGAAAUUGAAAGCAGCGAUCUUAAAACAGAAAUCAUACUAAUGAGUAGUGAAACGACUAAAGUUGUAAAAGAUAUGGAACCAAGUGAUGUUACAAAUGCCAAUGAAAAUAUUCCCGAUAUUCAUACUGUUCCAGAAUUUACUACCCAAGCGACUGUUGAGAUGAAAGACACGGCUGGAAUGACUACUCAAGCUACAAUUACUUCUCCGACUGAAGAAAAAGUAACCAUAAGUAAAGUCAAGCCGAGUGAACAGCUACCUACAGCCGAAGCUCUUCAACAUAAUGAUACACCGUCAACAAAACCUACUGAACAAGUCACAAUGAGUACAGCUACUACAAGUAUGCAACCCAUGCAAGUAUUAACUACAGAAGCUACCAAACCAAGGAAUAACACCGCUGUAAGAAUGGAAACUCAUAUUCUCACACUAGCCGUCGGCGUCAUCUUACAUUUUAAAAUCUAAUUUAAAUAUUUAAGGCAUUUCUUUUCGAAUUUCACUGUCAAAAGUUGAUCUCUGUAAGUGGAGCUUUAAUUGUUAUAGAAAUUAAAUGUAGAUUAUUUGUAGCGCUCAUUCCAUGUGAUAUUAGCAUAGACAAAUUGUAAAUAUUUUCAGCAAUAUUUUUAGACAUUAUGUAGAUGUGAUUGGCAUUGGCACGAGAAAUAAAUAUGCACAGU